AUGGACAACAGGUCACCUCCUCCCCCAUAUUCCGUCAGGGACAUCCCAUCACCUCACUCUCCCUAUUCAUUCAGUAUCGUCGAACCACCUCUGUGCGACAAUUACAGUCCUAGAACGUCCACACCUCUUCGCCCUGUUUUUAUCUCUCUGAUUGACUCUGAGUCUGAAACUUCAGAUAGAGAGGAUGAAGAUACAGAUGGUGAAAUCACUUGGGAAGAUGUAAUACUUGAUUCGAAUCCUGAAGCCACCGUCAACGACGCAGCAGCAGACGCCGUCAACGAUGGAUUAACAGAAGAUGCCGUCAACGAUGGAUUAACAGAAGAUGCCGUCAACGAUGGAGUAGCAGACGCCAUCAACGACGCAGAAGGGGAUGCCGUCAACAAAACAGCAGCAGGCGGCUCAGUACACCCCCUGAAUGGGCAAACUGACGAUGGAAAACCUGAUCACUCGGAAAUAGAAAGACUCAACGCUGACUAUGCCACCGCCUUCGACAUCAUCCUCGGAAUUAAGGCGAAGAUGGAUCAAAUCUCUGAUGUCAAGCUACCCAAAAAGGAUCGCUUUGAUUCAAACCUACCCAAAAAGGAUCAAAUCAAUCAUCCCAACUCCUCGAGAAAACGAAAAUCGCCUAUGAUACCAUGCACCGUCCCUGAGACGAAGAAACGCAGACGACAUCGACAAGAGGUCAAUGUUAGACCAAUCCGAGCUACUGUUGAUGGGGAGUUCACCUGUUUAUGGCAACGUGGGAAAUCAGGAAGGUAUUGUUGGGUCAGUGACCCCAGCGGCACAGAACGAAAAGAACUCAACGGCGAAUUUCUGUUUCUGCACGGUUCAAUGUUGUCGGUUGAGUUGCGAGGAAACGGUGACUGGCAACCAAUAUCAGUUCGUCUAAAUGAAACCAAUGCUCGAUAUGAAGGACGAGAUAGCCUGGACAGCAAUACUCGUAUGGAUAUUGAUGCUAAAACAAUGUUCGAUUUGCUGUGUGGAGUGGGCAUAUAUCAAAUUACUACGUUUAGUCUACAUAGAGAUUUAUUCCUAGUUGAUGUUAUUCGAGAAGCCCAGCCAAUCCAAGACAGCGGUACUAGCCUUGAGGAGGAUAGCCGGAAUACACCUCCUAAUCAGUGUGGUGUUCCUAAGACACUGACCAGGUCUAUGACAGCCAAUUUUUGGUUUUGA